CUUCAAUAUGCACGGCAAUUCAUAAUCGGUCGUAAGACUUUAACACAGUGAACCCUGGACGGGAACACUGAGGUCAUGGAGACAAUAAGAGGACUGCUGUUUGUCUGCAUUUCUGCAUCAUGUUUCUUUGCCAGUCAAUCACAGAAAACAGUUAUUUCCUUUCCAGUGUGCACACAGGAAGGCUUAGCUGAUAUUGUCUUCCUUGUGGAUGGGUCAUGGAGCAUUGGCACAGAAAACUUCCAGAAGAUGCGGGACUUCCUCAUCACUUUAGUACAGAGUUUCGAUGUGAGCCCUGACCGGGUUCGAAUUGGCCUGGUACAGUAUGGCAGCUCACCACACACGGAAUUCUACCUUAACAGCUACCAAGACAAGCAGAAGAUCCUUGAAUCCAUCGCAAACCUUCCAUACAAAGGCGGUGGCACCAGAAUCGGACUGGGACUAGAAUUCCUGCUGAGGGAACACUUUGUGGAAGCGGCAGGAAGCCGUGGUAAAGAGGGAGUCCCUCAGAUUGGUGUGGUCAUCACUGAUGGACAGUCCCAGGAUGACGUGGAGCCACUUGCACAGGAGAUGAAGCAGCAGGGGAUUGUCCUCUAUGUCAUUGGAAUCAAACAUGCUGACAUGCAACAACUAAAGGAGAUCGCCACUGAGCCACAUGACCAUCACAUUUACAGUUUGGAUGAUUUCACAGCCCUGCAGGGGAUCUCCCAGAGUUUCAUCCAGGUUCUUUGCACCACAGUGGAGGAAGUCAAAGGUCCAGUAGUUCAGGUGCCAGAAGAAUGCAAGGCUAAUUUGGCUGACAUUGUGUUCCUUGUGGAUGGCUCUAGUAGGAUCGGUGAUGACAACUUUAUGCUAGUGAAGAAUUUCCUUCUCAAAUUUAUCAUCAGUCGGGAUAUUAGGCCUAACAAAGUUAAGGUAGGAGUUGUGCAGUUUAGUGAUGACCCUCAUGGAGAGAUUCUACUGGGAGAUUAUGCAGACAAGAAGGAGCUGCUGGAGAAGGUGAGAAAACUCACCUACCGAAAAGGAGGCCCUGAAACAGGAAAAGCCCUUCGCUUUGUUCAGGAUAAUUACUUCGCUAAAGGACGGGCCAUGCAAAAUGUGCCUCAGAUUUUGAUGGUGAUAUCAGAUGGUGAAUCCUCUGAUGAUAUGCAAACACCAGCCAAGAACCUGCGGAGGCAGGGGGUUUUAAUCUUCGUCUUUGCGGUACGUAGAUCUGAAAUCAAAGAGCUGAUAUCCAUUGCCAGCAAACCACAUCUACGUUUUGUGGACACAUUUGACAACUAUGAACACAUGCUGGAACUCAGUGCUCAAAGUGUGCUCAAAGUGUGCCACAUUAUGGAGGACCAACAGCAGGCUCUAGCACCAAAGCUGGCAGAUGUGUUUGUCUUAGUAGAUAGCUCAGCUAAGCAAACCCAGCAGAUAACGGAGAUUCUCAGUCAGCUAGCCACACAGCUUAAUGUGGGGAGCACAUCCAACCAGAUGGCUCUGGCUCAGUUUAGUGAGGACGUUUCUGUGGAGUUCCUCUUCAGUGCUUCCAAAAAUCGAAAUAAGGCUCUUUCACUUAUCCACAAAUUCCACCCCAGGAGCACUGGGCAGCCACGCAACCUCGGAAAGGCGAUGGAUUACAUCCGUACUCAAUUCCUUAAUACCAAAUCAGGCAGCCGAAUCGAACAGGGCUACAAGCAAUACCUGCUGGUGCUGAGUUCAGGAGAGUCUGAUGACAGUACAGCCAGGGCAGUGCAUGCCUUGCAGAAUGAAGAAGUGACCAUCAUCAAUAUUGACUUACGCAAGGAGACAACUACUGAUCUAGAUUUUCCAUUGGGUGGUCCAUCUGGAGCAGAUUCUGUGAACAAGACCAUCAUUACUCCUCCACAAAAAACCUUCUACACUGCAAAUAAAACUGUUGCAGAAAUAGCAGAAGAUGUGAAGACUAUAACGGAAACUGGAGAUAUAUUUAACGUAACUGGAGAAUGCAGGUCCACACAGUUGGCAGAUAUUGUAUUUAUUGUGGAUGUGUCAGACAGUAUCACUGCACCAAACUACAGGCUGGUGCGCAGUUUCCUGCAUCGCAUGAUCAGUGGCCUGGACAUAAAAUCCAACGGUGUAAGGGUGGGAUUGGUCGAGUACAGUAACUUUUCCAGAGCUGCGUUCUACCUGAACACUUUUGAAGACAAGGAAGAACUCCUGCAGUACAUCAGGAUUUUGCGUUAUUGGGGUGGGUUGCCUUACACUGGCAAGGCCUUGAAUUAUACAAGAGAGAAUGUCUUUAGCGAGAAGCUGGGCAGCCGACGCAACGUUGGGGUGGAGCAGAUUGCAAUUGUCAUCACAGAGGGCACAUCCAUGGAUAAUGUCACAACUGAGGCUCUUAUGCUUAGGCGCUCUGGGGUCCAGGUCUAUGCUUUGGGAGUCACAGGAAGUGAUGUAAAUCUGCUAAAAGAAAUAGCAUCUUACCCUCACAGAAAGUUUGUGUUCAGUGUGGAGAGCUUUGCUAAGCUUAACAAAAUGGAAAGAAUUCUGAGGAAGACUCUGUGUAACAAUGUUGUCCAGUCAACUGCUAUUAAGACCAGUACAUACAUCUUAAAGCAAGGAUGUAAACAGACAGAAGAAGCAGACAUCUAUUUCCUCAUCGACCACUCUGGGAGUAUUAAUCCUGAAGAUUUUCAGGACAUGAAAAAGUUCAUCCUGGAGUUUCUGGUCAUGUUCACUAUUGGGCCAAAACGAGUCCGUGUGGGUUUGGUCAAGUUUGCCAGUACGCCUACCCUGGAGUUUACUGUGACUAAGUAUAAAGACAGAGCUUCCAUUGAAAGAGCUGUGAGCAACAUUAUCCAGUUAGGUGGAGGCACAGAUACAGGCAAGGGUCUUACGUUCAUGGACCCACUCUUCAAGAAGGCCAAAGAGACACGUGACCAUAAAGUUCCUGAGAUUCUCAUUGUCAUCACUGAUGGAAAGUCACAGGAUGAGGUAAAGGAGCCAGCAGAAGAGCUGAGGAAGCAGGGUGUGUCCAUCUAUGCCAUUGGAGUGAAAAAUGCAAAUGAGCAAGAGCUCCUGGAAAUAGCAGAUAACUCUAAGAAGAUGUUCUUUGUCACCAGCUUCGAUGCACUGAAUCCUCUUAAGAAGGAUAUCAUUGCUGAUAUUUGUUCAGAGGAGGCCUGCAAGGACAUGCUGGCAGAUAUAAUCUUUUUGGUUGAUGGCUCAGGCAGCAUUGCCCCUCAAGACUUCCUAAAGAUGAAGAACUUCCUGAAUACCUUGGUGUCUGAUUUUAAAAUUGGAAACAAAAGUGUACAGGUUGGAGUAGUGCAAUUCAGCUCAGACCCACAUACUAUACUUAACCUCAAUAACAUUUAUGACAAACAUCAGAUACUGGAUGCCAUUAAUGGUAUGCAGCAGCUGGGUGGACAGACUAUGUUGGGAUUGGCACUCAGCUACUUGUUAAGGUCCUUUGAUUCAACCAUGGGAGGUCGUCCCGGUGCUCCGCAGUUCCUUAUUCUGAUCACAGAUGGCAUGGCCCAGGAUGAGGUAACCAUGCCAGCAAAAGUCCUCAAGGACAGGGGCGUAAUCAUUUAUUCCAUUGGUGUGGAAAAUGCUGACCAUGCUCAGUUGACUGAGAUCAGCCAACCUACGGGCCGUGUAUAUAUGGAGAGGGAUUUUGAUGCCUUGGAGUUCUUACGUGAAGACCUCCAAUUAGAGAUCUGCAUUUCUGCUGAUGAGUGUCCAAAAUCACAGGUGGCAGAUGUUGUCUUCUUAGUGGAUGGUUCCUCUAGCAUUGCUGACAAAGACUUUGAGAGCAUGAAGAUCUUCAUGAAUUCAGUAGUGAAGACCACUCAAGUUGGGCAAGAUAAUGUCCGUUUUUGUACAAUUGUCUAUUCAAACACACCUCAAAUACAUUUCCUCCUUAACCAGUAUGACACCACAAUACAAGUUCAGAAUGCCAUCAGUGCUCUGACAUCUCCUGGUGGAAACACCAACACAGCCAAGGCUCUGCAGUACUACUUGCAAUACUUAGGCCCUGACAGUGGUGGAAGAAGCAAACAAGGUGUUCCACAGUUGCUGUUUGUUAUCACAGAUGGUGAAGCCACAGACAGUCAAGAUUUACCAAAAGUUGCUAAUGAGCUUCAGUCUUAUGGAGUUAAUGUAUAUGGUAUUGGGAUAGUCAAUGCAAGAAGAAGUGAGCUAGAAAUCAUCACCAAAGACCCAAACAAGGUUUUCCAGGUUGAUGACUAUGAAGCUUUGAAAGCCCUGCAGCAGAACAUUUCCAAAGUCAUCUGCAACACCACAAAAGUGGAAUGCAUGAAACAGGCAGCUGAUUUGGUUAUUUUGAUUGACGGGUCUGAAAGCAUCAAAAGUGAGCCCUGGAAGAUUAUGAAAAAUUUCUUGCUCAGCCUCAUAGACCGUCUUCGAAUCAGAGAGGACCUCUUCAGAAUUGGUGUAGCUCAGUUCAGUACGGCAUACAGAAAGGAGUUUUACUUGAAUGACUAUAAAGAUGCAGAGGCUAUAAAGAAGGCCAUUCAGAACAUUAAGCAGAUGAAAGAUGGAACAUACAUUGGAGCUGCUCUCACUAAAGUGCAAGAGUUCUUCCAGGCCGACAAGGGGAGCCGCAUGCAAAAUGGCAUUUCACAGAACCUGCUGCUGAUCACUGAUGGAGAGUCAACAGACGAAGUCAGAGAUGCUGCUGAAAGGUUGAGGGCCAAGGGCAUUGGGAUACUUGCAGUUGGCAUAGGCGAAGUCUCACAAGAACAGCUCCUCCAAAUCGCUAAAGACAGGGUGUUUUUAUUAAGCAACUUUGACCACUUGAAACUGAACACAACCACGGAGCGGGUGAUUGAUGUUCUUUGCGAAGAGCCAAAACCUCUUGAUCCAUCUAGUUGCACUAUAGAAAUUGGCAUUGGAUUUGAUAUCUCCCAUGUCAGUGCAAGCUCUCAGUACCUCUUCAAAGGCCAACUACAGCUCCGUUUGCCGGAGAUCAUCGAACACAUCUCCAAAUUACAUAAUGUGUGCUGCGUUGCUGAGCACACACUGCAUACCCACACAGGCUUUCGAUUGGUUGACAGCAAUGGGAAGAUACUCUAUGAUACAAACUUUGAGAAAUACAGUGACGAAGUGCUGAACAAAGUGAUAGCAAUGCAAAUAUCUCAACCACUGGCAUUCAACCCACAGCUCCUACAAUCUUUUCAGGAUAAGUUUGCACACUCCAUUGUUGGCACGAAGGUACUGAUCAUCUUCACUGAUGGCCUGGAUGCUUCCGUUGAAGACCUAAAACAUGCCUCAGAAAAUCUCAGGAAGAGUGGAGUCCAUGCAUUGCUGACUGUAGCUCUAGAGGGGGUCCAGAGCACCUCAGAUCUGCUGAAGGUGGAGUUUGGACGAGGAUUUGGCUUCGACGAGCCUCUCAGUAUUGGAAUGCAGAGUGUGGCCAGUGCGGUGCACAAGCAGAUUGACACCGUGGCCUCAAGAGAGUGCUGUAAUGUCAUGUGUAAAUGCACAGGUCAUGAGGGGAUGAGAGGCUCUCGAGGACCUCCAGGGCCAAAGGGCUCUCCGGGACAAAGAGGAUAUUCUGGGUUUCCUGGAGAAGAAGGAGGAGCUGGUGAGAGAGGGCCACCAGGUUUUAAUGGCAUGCAGGGACAUCGGGGCUGCCCUGGAAGAAGAGGCCUAAAGGGAGGCAGGGGCUACAGGGGUGAUAAGGGAGAACAUGGAGAACAUGGUUUGGAUGGGGUGAAUGGAGAACAGGGUGAAGCUGGAUUAGUGGGACUCCCAGGAGAGCAAGGAGAACCAGGCAGCCCAGGCAAGAAGGGGGUCAGAGGAACUCCAGGUAUCCCAGGAGAAAAAGGACUGAGAGGAGACCCGGGCAUUGCAGGUUCUGAGAGCAGCAUCCGUGGUCCUAAAGGUGACUAUGGAAACCAAGGCCUACAGGGGGAGGCAGGGCCAGAUGGUAGUCCAGGCACACCUGGAGAAGCUGGCAAGCCUGGAACAAAAGGUAGACGAGGCCCUGCAGGAAUACCGGGUGCCAGGGGACCUCCAGGAGCACCGGGAUUACAAGGAACCUCUGGGGCUCCAGGGCCAGUGGGGAUAAUUGGUCCUCCUGGUGGUCCAGGACAGAAAGGGCUUCCUGGUUUACCUGGACCUCAGGGAGCCCCUGGCUCUCUGGGAGGAAUUGGAUCUAAAGGAAGUAUAGGACCCAGGGGACCGAAGGGUCAGCCUGGGGACCCUGGAAAUAAAGGAACUAAUGGACCAGCAGGCCCGAGAGGACUUCCAGGCAACGAUGGCCCAGAUGGAUAUGGAGCUGCAGGACCUAAAGGACCAAAGGGUGACACUGGUUUUCCAGGUUACCCUGGACUUCAGGGUGAAACAGGAAAUCCUGGCACAAAGGGAGGUCAUGGCAAGAAAGGCAACAAGGGAAGAGGGGGGAAUGCAGGCAGGAGAGGAGAAGAGGGUGAUCCUGGCACUGAUGGACCAGAUGGACACAGGGGCCCUAAAGGACCAGGAGGAAGCAGGGGAAUGUCUACUUGUCAACUGAUCACCUAUGUACGAGACAACUGUGCUUGUUGCAAAGCUAAUACAUUGUGCCCUGCUUAUCCUACUGAACUGGUGAUUGGCUUGGACAUGUCCAACGAUGUGAGUCCUCUGUUAUUCGGGAGGAUGCUGUCCACUGUUACUUCCUUGUUGGACAGUAUCAACAUCGCAGAAAGCAACUGCCCCACAGGCGCCAGAGUGUCUGUAGUCUCGUACAGCUCAAACACCAAGUACCUCAUCCGCUUCGCUGACUACCACCAAAAGAAGGACCUGAUGGAAGCCGUGAAGAAUAUUGCUCUGGAACGUACAUCUAACCGCCGUGAUAUUGGUGCAGCCAUGCGCUUUGUGGGCAGGAAUGUCUUCAAACGUGUGCGACAAGGUGUAUUAAUGAGGAAGGUGGCAGUCUUCCUCUCUGGUGGACUCUCCAAAGAUGUGUCCUCCAUAAUCACGGCUGUGCUAGAAUACAAGGCUCUGGACAUCAACCUUGGCGUAAUUGGGUUUAAAGAUACGGCAAACGUUCGUCGCGCUUUUGAGGCUGAUGAGACAAGCAGCUUCAUUGUGACUGUACUGGAAAGACCACAGGACUCGAGUAGAGCACUACAGAGGAUCCAGAAUUGUCUCGUCUGCUUUGAUCCUUGUGAACCAGCUGUGGAAUGUCCGAGCACCGGUCAGGCGUCUGUUCCGCAGGAGGUGGAUAUGGAUUUAGCACUACUGGUAGAUGGGUCCCAGAGCAUACAGGCAGAUCAGUAUGCUGGUGUGAAGGAGGUCCUGGGUUCUGUGCUAGAUCAGCUUGUAGUGAGCAGUGAGCCCAGCAGAGCUGACACUCAGGCUAGAGUAUCUCUUUACCAGCAAAGCUCUGCCUACAGUCAAGCCCAGGCACCAGUCAAGCAGGUAUUCACCUUCGAGCAGUACCCGGAUCGUGAACUGAUGAAGCAGAGCAUCUUCAAAAACUUAGAGCAGACUGGAGGGUCCUCCAGGCUUGGCCAUGCCAUGGAAUUUGUAGUGAUGAGGGGCCUUCUUACUGUCCCCAAGCCUCGCACCAGCAAGAUGGUACUCGCUAUUAUUGGAGAGGAGGAUUAUUAUGACAGAGCAAAGCUGGACCAUAUCUCCAGAAUAGCGAAGUGCCAGGGUGUGGUGCUCUUCACCCUCACAGUUGGGGAUCGUUUCAACUGCACUCAGGUGGAGGAGCUUGCCAGCUCUCCUAUUGAACAGCACAUAGUUAACUUGGGUCAUGUGAAGCAAGAAGAACAGGAGUACGCUAAACGCUUUAUAAAGACUUUCUUCAACAUUCUGAAGAGACAAAUGAAUGCUUACCCUCCUCCAUCACUCAGAAAACAGUGUAAGUCUAAACAGGAGGAAGGACAAAUGAAUCAUGAGGUCUUUGAGGAAGCUAAACGAAUACACAUUGAAAGGGUUCCUCUACCACCACUCUCCUACCCAAAGGAUGAAGAGGAAGGAGAGGAGGAUAAAGUAGAGGUCACAGAGUACACUGAUCAGAGAGUGGUGCACCCUGGCUAUGAAAAUAGCAACCUAGUCCCUGCAGAACAAGGACAUUCAAAUGGGUCUACAGUUCUAGAGGACACGGAAUUUGCAACCAAGGCAUAUGCAAAUGUCUGUCUCCUGAAGUCUGAAAGAGGGCCCUGCAGAAAGUACAUGCUCAAAUGGUUCUACGACAUGGAGCAAAGUAAAUGUUCUCGCUUCUGGUAUGGAGGAUGUGAAGGAAAUGAUAACAGGUUUGACACUGAACAGGAGUGCAUUUCCCACUGUGGGAGGCUCCGUAAAGCACAGUGAAUCUCCAAAACCCUCCCAUUAAAUACAAGCAAGUUACCCUCCCCUUCCCCCUUUUUUGUAAGCACUCCAUUUUUUUCUGUAAUAAACCUAGAAUUUAGGUAGGUGGCAUAAUGCUGCUACCACCUCCAGUAAGGUUUGGUUUACCACCACACAUGCACAUAGAGCAAGUUAAAUAGGUUCAUCUUUAUUAAAGCCUUAAAUUCUAAUCUUGAAAGUGGUUAUGGUAAGCAAUUCCUCCAAGGUUAGGCUAGGGAACGCACUCCUAGAAAAGCACUACAUACUAAACCAGCAAUCUAACUCCCCAAUAUCCACAUUCUUAAAGCCACCACUAUAAUGCACCAUACCACAACCAUGUUUAGGGAUAAAGCAAAGCUCAUAAAGGGUCUGUAUACACAGAAAUAGCAGCAAACACAAACACCAGAGACCUUUAAAUUCUGUUACUUGCAUAUCUAACCAAACCAAUUAGACCUCCCCUCCUGGCAAAACACUACACUCACCACUACCCAUCUUUCUCAUUGGCAACCCAACCCUUAUAUACCAACCAGACGUAACUGACAGAGGCCUCAUCUCCAAUGACUCCAGUCUCUCUGGUGUCUAUGGUCUUCCUGGUUUUCAUGGUCACUCCUGGCUACACUCACUCCUUUUAAAAGGGAAGUGUUAAUUAUCCCUCACAGGUGCAACCCCACACUCCACAAAUCUGAAGCACUCCCCCUGCUAUCUUAGGGCUUUCAUGUCCAUUCCACCCAAAUGACCCAUGUCACCUACGUGUUCAGAUUUCCUACUUGAAUUAUUGUUCCAUCUUGCACCACAUAAAAAGGUUUUAAGACUGUUGUUCAUGUAUUGGUUAAACAUCAACGUAACUGCAAAACUGAACAUAUGAGCUUGUGGCAAACAUGCUUUUCCUGAAAGGGUAAAGGGCUAGUUAAUUCUAACUAAAAUUAAUCAGUUUGUUUUAUACUUUAAAUAUAAUAGAACAAAUUUUCAGCUUUGGUGCUAUAAUUUUAAAUAUGAUGCUGUAUGUAAAAGGGUCAUAUGAUUUUUUUUUGUUUGUGUUUGGUUUUUUUUAAACCACACUGAUUUAUUUUUUCUGAAAUUAAAAUCCCAAAACUUUCAGCAUUGCACAAAUGUAAAAUUAUAGCAUUGGGUCUACAUGUUCUGUUUAAAUAAUGCUUGUCCAUUUAGGAUGUGUCUUCCUUUACCACCUAUACAGAUACCAAUGUACAUUUUAAUAUACCUCUGCUUCAGUGCUGUUCUACUAAUCAUACAAGAAUGUGACUAUGAAGGUGCUUAUGCUUCAAAACCUGUUCAAUACCAGAUUCCUGUUUAACUGUUUUCCAUUCUGUAUGUUAAUAUUUUGUACAAAUAAAGCUGGGGACAUAAUUCA